AUGACUCAACCUAUCGAAGUAUGGACGUCGAUUCCAGGUCCUAAUCCUUGGAAGAAACUAGCUAUCAUCGACCCCAAUACCGACUUGACACUUUGGGAAUCAGGCGCCAUCUUACAAUAUCUUGUCAAACAGUAUGAUACGGAGAAGAAGUUGACCUGCGAGAAGUUGCAAGACGAACAUCUCCUCAAUCAAUGGCUCAUGUUCCAAAUGAGCGGUCAGGGCCCAUAUUUCGGACAAUGCGGCUGGUUCAAUAUCCUGCAUUCCGAGAAGAUCCCAUCCGCCAUCGAGCGUUACAAUAACGAGGUCGCCCGCAUCCUCGGGGUAUUGGAACGUUCGCUCGAAGGAAAACAAUGGCUUGUUGGUGACAAGUUUACCUUCGCUGAUCUUUCUUUUGCUCCUUGGAACGACAGAAUUGACACGUUGUUUUCAUAUCCACCUUGUUCUUACGAAGAUAAUCUUCUUAGAAAGUUCCCCAACGUGGAUGCUUGGCACAAGAGAAUAACAGAGAGGCCAGCUUGGAAGAGGUCCAUGAUUGACAGGGAGAAGAGAAUGGCCACUUUGGGCUUGAUGCCAAAUGGUAUGCCCAAGGGAGUCUCAAACAUGGAAGAAUACGUAGCCAAAAUGGAGGCCGAAGGAGAUGCCUAG